CAGCUACAGAGGGAGGGAGAGAGCGCCAGCCAGAUAGAGAUGUUAAGUAAGGAAGCCCGGAAAACAACCUCCCAGCAGUUUGGAACCGCAUUUUCAGGCCAGGCUUCCUCACCUUCCUUGGCUGGGUUGGGGAGCCAAGGCUGAAGAGCAUGGGCAUCAUUUGGGAAGGCGAGGAGCCUCUGGAUCCUCACGAGGAAGAAGAAACCGGUCUGUGGCUGCAAUGAAUGAGAGGGACCCUGCAGUGUGACUGGGGUUUUCAGUGUUGCUGUCCAGCCCAGAGCCCUUGGGCAUCAAGAGGUGCUGCAUCUGAUGGAGGGCACUGCCUGCUGACAGCCUCCUCUCCAUCUGCCAGACCACCAAGGCAGAGCUUUCUGGAUCCAGGCGCAAACAGAUACAAUCCAGGAUGGCGUAAGUUGGAUGGAAACACUGAUGCAGAGCUCGGUGCCUCUCCUUUUCCCAUCCUCGAACCCGAGGGAGCCUGGCGGAGAUGCCCCAAUGGACACUCUCCGGUGGAAGAGACGGCUCGGGGCCAACCUCAGGAAGGCUACGGGGGCAACCAGGCCGAGUUUUCUUGUUCUGAAGCUGUGGCACUGAAUGGCAGUUUGUUGAACAAAGUUCCCAGUCAUUGCCUUUCUUCCACUGGAAGGUCCCUGGGUACCUUUCCAUUCUCUGGCAGAAAAAGACGGCGACCCAGCAUCUUCCAUUCCAGUCAGGAACGACCCGCUCCAUCAUAUGAAAAGCUGGCGAGGGAAGCCACGUCGGCCGAUCAGUUUUCAGACCUCUUUUGAAGCCCCUCGCUUUCUCAAACAUGAUCCCUCUACCUGCGGUGUCUCUUGGUCCCUCUCUUGCGGCAUGUUGAGAGGUGACAACAGGGAAACGGGCCCAAACUAAGAUGGUCGGAGAAGGGGCCACUUUUCUUCAGAGACAGUCCGACGUUGCAAAGAAGAGAAUGCACCUUCCUUUCCCAGCGUUUAGGCCUUUGGGACCAUCGGAAGAACCGUGAAGUGUCUCUCAUUCCAGACCGUGGUGUAUUUGAUUCCCGGAACUCCGUCUCAGAGGUUGCAACAACUAAGCAUUGUCUGUCUUGGAUGUUGUCGUUGGUACCCACUCUUCUUGCAUUCCCUGGCUUGAAAAUUGGUCUUCCAGUGGGGAGUCACCCCUUUUGGCACUGCGGGUUUGCACGCUUGUCCGAGAACGGAAUGAAACGGGCAUGGCCAAGCUCUUGCUGAAAUUCCAACGGUAUUUUCGGCGGAAACCAAUCCGCUUCUUCAUGCUGAUCGCUCUCUACUUGACAGCUGGGAGUCUGGUCUUCCUCCAUGCCAGCUUCACGGGACAGACCCGCGUCCCUGAGAAUGACCCCAGCCCCAAUGAUCGGGCAGGGGUUGGGACGGACGUCCAGCAUUUGGGGACGGUCCCACUUGCCAGGGAACUGAAAGAAACGCCGGACACUUUGACAACAGCCCGCAGGUACGGCUCUUGGUUUAAGAGUCCUGCCAAAGACUUGCCAGGGAGAAACAAAGUAGGGGACUAUGGCGGGACGUGGAGUAGAGCCCUCAAAGGGAGGAACAUUCGCGAGAAGGAGGAAGACCGAGCAAAGUACAUUGGCUGUUACGUGGACAACACCCACCGGAGAGCCCUGCGCGGGGUGUCUUUCUUUGACUACAAAAAAAUGACACUCUUCCGUUGCCAGGACAACUGUGCCGAACGGGGUUACCUCUAUGCGGGGCUGGAGUUCGGGGCUGAAUGUUACUGCGGGCACAAGAUCCAGGCGGCAAACGUCAGCAAUUCCGAAUGCAACAUGGAGUGUAAGGGAGAGAAGAGCAACAUCUGCGGAGGGAUCAACCGACUUUCCAUCUACCGCCUCGAAUUGGCCCAGGAGUCUGCAAGGAGGUAUGGCAGUGCCAUCUUCCGCGGAUGCUUCCGCCGUCCAGAGAAUGCGUCGUUGGCAUUGCCAGCAAGCCGAGUGAUGAAAAACAUGUCAGUGGACCGCUGCGUUGACUUCUGCACAGAAAAGGAAUACCCGCUUGCUGCCCUGGCUGGUGACGCAUGCCACUGUGGUUUCCCGACCACCCUCUUCACUUUGCACGAACGGGAGGACGAGCAGCUUUGUGCCCAGAAAUGCAGCGGAGAGGAGUUUGAAAGCUGUGGCACCACCAAGUAUUUCAUCGUGUACCAGACUCAAGUGCAAGACAACCGAUGUAUGGACCGGCGAUUUCUAACAACUCGGGCCAAGCAGUUUGUUGCCCUGGCCAGCUUUCCAGGAGCGGGCAACACCUGGGCCCGGCACCUCAUUGAACUCGCCACAGGCUACUACACUGGCAGCUACUACUUCGAUGGUUCGCUCUAUAACAAAGGGUUCAAAGGCGAGCGCGACCACUGGCGAAGUGGGCGGACGAUUUGCAUCAAGACUCAUGAGAGUGGGCAAAAGGAAAUCGAGGCCUUUGACGCGGCCAUCUUGCUGAUCCGCAACCCAUACAAGGCCCUCAUGGCAGAAUUCAACCGGAAAUAUGGCGGCCACAUUGGAUUUGCUUCUCAUGCCCACUGGAAAGGAAAAGAGUGGCCCGAAUUUGUCAAGAACUAUGCCCCUUGGUGGGCGACACACACCCUCGACUGGCUGAAGUACGGCAAGAGCGUCCUCGUGGUCCACUUCGAGGACUUGAAGCAUGACCUCUUCAUCCAGCUCAAGCGGAUGGUCAGCCUCUUGGACAUCACCGUCUUGGAGGACCGGCUCUUGUGCGUCGAGGGCCAGAAGGAUGGCAACUUCAAGCGCUCUGGCCUGCGCAAGCUGGAGUAUGACCCUUACACCCCAGAGAUGAGAAAAAUGAUCAAUGGCUACAUCAAAACCGUGGACACAGCCCUGAAACUCAGAAAUCUGACAGGGGUCCCAGAGGACUACUACCCGAGAUGAUGGUCGUGGCGGAGGGGGACGUGUUUUUGACUGGGAGGCCCCGACUGGGCCCAGGAAGGGGCGGCCUGGUCUCCUGCCCCCCAGCCAGGAACUAUUUCCACCCAGUGGGUGGUUUUCCUUUUGGUGCUCACCCGCUGCUUGCUGUUAAUGAAUUCCCUUGCAUGAGCAAAGUGCAGUCGUCCCCCACCGUUGUUGAUAGAGGACACCUUGGCAAACCCAUUCACCCACCCCACUCUUAUGUUUGUCAGGCACUGCGCUACAGAACGGAACUCGGCCUUUGCUGCUACUGCGCCAGAAAACCUUUGCUUCCUCUGGACCCCGGCCCCAAGAACGCAGACCGUUUCCCUUCUUUUCUGGUAGGUUGCAACACUCUCAUGCUUUGAGGGCCAUCAUGCUAGGCAUCUUCCUAGCCCUGGCAGAAAAAACCAGUGGUCAUUUGGGAUGGCCUUUGGUGUUUACUAGGUUUCUCAGGAAGGUCCGGAUGGCACGCAGGGUGGGGGUCUCCAUUCCUGAACAUGUAGGCCUUGAGGCACACCUAGACAUGAUGCUCCUAGGUAGGACUCAUCCAUGGAGCACAAUGAGGUAGUGGACUCCCAAAGGAUGUGCCAUCUCAGAGCUUGGACCAGUUACUUUGGGGGGACUUCAGCUCCCAGAAUCUCCCAACCAACCUGUCAGCUGGGGAAUGUUGGGAGUUGGAGUCCUCCCCGCUCCCAAAGUAAUUGGUCUUUGAGCUCUUGCUGCUCGAGGAGGUAGUUGUUUUGAAUCCCACCCUUUUCAAAGAACCACACAGCUCCCUGAAUAUAACAACAAAAAGGUCAACUUUGGACACCUCAAGACUGCUGUCCUUAGUCCGUAGAGCAGGCAGGGGGCCGCAUGGCCUUCCAGACGCUGUUGGUAUACAACUCCCAUCAGCCUUAGCCAACACAGUCAAUGGGGAAGGAUCCUGGGUGUUGCAAGCCAAUGAGACGUGGAAGGUUGUGGCCCAUCCCUGGUUGAGAACUUCUCAAAGCAUUCAUCCUCCCUUCACUUUCAAAUAGGACCCGUGGAGAAUUGUACAUAUGUCUUUUGGGGAAUGUUGGAGAGCUUUGGAGAUGACCAGGGCUUUUAAUCCGUCCUCCGAUAUGACUGCUCUCCCCAUAGGAUGAGAAUCCUAGCAAUGCCCACCGCUUGUCGCUGGCUUCUUUUGCAUCUCCAGUUAAGUCUUGGAAAUGUGUGUCUCUCUUUCCCCUUCUGUCUUUCUCUGGGUCUGAGGAAAGCAAAGAGAUUUUGGCCACCAUGAAGACAUCUAAUUUCCCCCCUGCAUUUUGGAGAAAGGGGAAACAAUCAGACCAUUCCCAAAUGGACUGUUCACAUCACUUGGGGCUUUGGGGUAUGUCGACAGCAUGCGUAUUUUCUUCUUCUUUGCUCCCCCCACAAUGAGCCCCAAAGGCUCCAAGGUGACUUUUCUGCUCCUGAAUGUAUUUGGGAAGGGGCAGUGACAGCAACCAUUUUAUGGGAUGGGGAGGACUACUUUGUUUUGAGCCUCGGUUUAGCAAAAGCCACGUCCGUUUUGUUUGCCUCUCGGAGACCAAACCGUCCUUAGCGCAAGUCAGCUCUGGUUUCUGCCUUUCCCUCUCCAUCUCUGGGGUCGUCCCCCAAAACUGCUGGACUCUGUCUGAACAAUCCUCAGGUCAAACGCUGCCCAUUAAACCAAUGUUUUCUUAAUA